CUUCACCUUUUUAUGAAAUAUUUAAUACGAUAACGUUUUAAUACUAAUGAGAGGAGAAAGCGAAAGUACUGCGAACAAAAUAAUGUCUUUGGAACUCUCCUAUCAAACUCUAAAAACGGCGCACCAAGCUCGAGAAGCAGAUGAAAUUCGAUCAGAAGCUCGGCGCAAGAAUCUUUUGAUUCUAAUUUUGCACCAUUUAACUGAAGAAGGUUAUAUAGAUACAGCAAAUACUCUGGAACAAGAAACUAGUCUAGGAUUACGACGUUUUGAAGUUUGUGAUAAUAUUGACCUGGAGACUAUCCUAAUGGAGUAUGAAAGCUACUAUUAUGUCAAAUUUCAACGAUACCCAAAAUUAACUAAAAAAUCAGUGACUAAUGAAAAUGCAAAAUUUCAAUCACUGAGUGGAGGAAAACUAAAGAGGACACUAAGCUGUACUUCUAAAGCACUUCCUAAAAUCUCCACAGUACAGCGCCCAUGUUCCAAAACUGGAAUGAAAAAGACCGAGCAGAAGAAUCAAAGUCAGGAGAAUGGGCAAUCUACAUCUCCUGAGACGUCAGAGUUUGGUUUGAAUGUGUCGACCAUUAAAGUUGGAGAUGGACUUCAUGCCGGACGGGGUCAGAUCAUCGAUUUGCGAGGCAUGAUUCAAAAUGCUGUCAAAGAUUCAUCUACUGAAAUAGCAGUAAAUAGCCUACAUUACAACCAAGAUCCUUCGGAACGGCUGAUAAAACCUCUGGGUGCCUUCAUAGGAAUGAAUGGUGAACUGAGAGACCUUGCUGUUGUUGUUAGUAAGGAUAUUUAUCUACAUAAUCCAAAUGUGAGAUGGGAUGACAUAAUCGGGCUGGAACCAGCCAAACGACUAGUCAAGGAAGCUGUUGUCUAUCCAAUUAAGUAUCCUCAGCUGUUUACUGGGAUUUUGUCCCCGUGGAAAGGACUGUUACUUUAUGGACCACCAGGUACUGGAAAAACAUUGCUCGCAAAGGCUGUCGCCACUGAAUGCAACACGACUUUCUUCAACAUUUCGGCCUCGACCAUUGUCAGCAAAUGGAGAGGAGAUUCUGAAAAACUUGUUAGGGUAUUGUUUGAACUUGCUCGAUUUCAUGCUCCUUCUACCAUCUUCCUGGAUGAAUUGGAGUCAGUGAUGAGCCAACGUGGCAGUGCCCCAGGGGGAGAGCAUGAAGGAAGCCGGCGGAUGAAGACUGAGCUUCUAGUCCAGAUGGAUGGUUUGGCACGUUCUGAUGACCUUGUCUUUGUUUUGGCAGCUUCCAAUUUACCUUGGGAAUUGGACCAUGCUAUGUUACGCCGACUAGAGAAACGGAUUUUAGUAGAUCUUCCUUCCAAAGAAGCACGGCAAGCAAUGAUUCUUCACUGGCUGCCUCCUGUGAGUAACAGUGGUGGUGUGGAACUUCGGACUGAACUGGACUAUAGUUUAUUAGGAGAGGAGACCAAAGGUUAUUCUGGCUCUGACAUCAAGUUGGUCUGCAAAGAGGCAGCUAUGCGACCUGUGAGAAAGAUCUUUGAUGCAUUAGAAAAUCACCAACCAGGAAAAAACAGUCUACCCACUCUUCAACUGGAAACAGUCUCCACAAAUGAUGUCCUUGAUGUGAUAAUUCAUACCAAACCAUCUGCCAAGAAUCUUUGUCAGAAAUACACUGCCUGGCAGCAUGAAUACGAGUCUGUAUGAAUCAAAAGAUGCAAAAAAAACAGAACUACAAUUUAAAAAAAAAAAAAUUCUUCCAGAUUCAACACUGGGCUAUGGUGACCUCCCAUGACAUUUAAGUAAAACUGUUAGUUUAAGAAUAUGCUAGCAUCUGCAAGGUUUUAUGGUGUUGAAAAUUCAACAGGAGAAUCGUUUCUAGACUUUUGACUACAGGUUUUUUUUUUAAAUAUAUAAUGGACACAUACAGAACUAUAGCUCAUACAAAAGUCACUAGCAACAACACUCACAUACAGUUCAGUGUUUAAAUCAAAUGUUAGAACUGUCAUUGAUGGUAAGCAUUUUGUAACAUACACAGAUAGCAGGGAAAGAAACAUUUUGGGGGCGGGGGGGAGAAAAGUCACUUUUUAAAUCUCUUUUUAUGAUGUGUAGAUAUUUAUUUAAAUAAUUUCAGGUAUUGAAUGAGUGUUGCAAUUUAUUGGCCUCUUCUUUCAUGGCUGUUUGACACCAUGUCACGAUUAAAUCUUGUUAGAAGGUUAAUGCUAUUCGAAAGCCAUUAUUUGCCUUAUUGACAGUGAUUGGACCAAAAUUUGCUCAGCAUUUUCUCUUAGGUCACUAUCUUUAAUUCAAAUAAAUUAUUCCUGUACUUGUGUGAAUUGUCUGUUGAUUGGGAAAAUAAAUAAAAUU